CAAUAAAUUCAAGCAAUGUCGAGCUAUGAUGAACCUGCUAAUGGUAGGGAACGUGAUUCAAGAAGUCCAUUGACUGGAAUGUCAUCUGCGAAACCUACCACACCUGCGAUUGAGAUCGGUACCAAUAUGAAAGAUAACUACUUAGACUCGUUUCGAGCAGCUUAUGGGGAGUACAAUACACUAAAUGUGAAUAAGCAAAAUUUGGAUAUUCUGGAGCAUAUAUUCAGUGUACCUAUCUCUGCCACCAAUGCGACAGGGGCAAAAAUGGGGGCUGGGACACAUGCAUCGUCAUUGUCCGAUUUGCUUGCACGUCAACACUGGCAAAAGACAGCGGAUGGAGCAGAAACCAACCAGGAUAGAGAGGAACUAAUGAGCCACGUCUAUGCUACAAGUGCUCUAUCUCAGCAUAAGUCCCAGCAACAACAGCAACAGCUUUUAGCCACACAACUGCUCUAUGCUAGAUUUUUGCAGCCCACACUAUCUGAACAAGAUAGCACCCCCGAUAUACAUACAAAGACAGACAGCGAUCAAGCUUUGCAUAUCAUGGACUUCGAAGGGUCAAACAGUAAUAUUGAUACAAAGUCAACGGCUUGCCAAGUAGCAACCGUCUCGCCAUCCCUACCCGUUUCUUUUGUAGCCGCUCCUCAUGAUAGCAACAAUAACAAUCGUAUAGUAAAUGACGCGGAACAAAACCAUGAAAACUCUGAUAUAGCCCUACAGCAACAUCAGCCUCCCGAUCCCGAGCAUUCACUACUUCAAAAUCAAUCAGAAUCCCAUAUAUUCCGGCAAGCAAAUCGCAAGGUACCCAAACAUUUAAGAAGAGAAUGUUGCACCGUUGAAUCCACGUGUCAUUUGUUUCGCGAACAAAAAACCUUGCUCUUCGAUGUAAAAAGAAGUCUGGAGCAACUUACAAAGCUUUCAAGUAAGUUCCGGCAGAACUUGUUGAGACACCAACAACCUCAGUCGCAGAUGCAAGACGACAGAAAUGAUGGGAGCGAUACGGCUUUGGACACAACCGUAAAGAGUCAGUUGGAUGGUAAUGGGAAAAUAAUUGAAAACAUGUUGGAACAAGUGAGAAAACUUUAUCAUCAAUGGAGUAGUGCUGAGCUUUAUUAUUUGCGGAGCCUUCAACGUUUGGGUCUUACACCAGAUCCAGAGGAAAGAGGAUCGAAAUCCAACUUAAAUCAAACACCCACUCAUGCUGUUAUGGCCCUGGCUGCAAUUGCCUUGUCAGCUGAAUGUGAAGGAGCAACAGCUAUUUCUGGAACAGGAAAAAUUGAAUUGGAGAAAUUUAAAAAUUCAAAAUCAAGACACGCAGAUGGAACCGACGGCAAACCCGAAAGCACUUCCGAUUCUGAAACUAUCAAAACCCGAUCAUUGCACGAUAUUGAAAAUAUUAUUCUAAGACAAGCGAAGUCUACAUCAGCCCUGGGCUCCAUCAAUGAGCACAGCGAUGGGGCCCCUAGUGAUAGUGAAGAAGAAUUGUCAGCGACUUCAUCACCUGUAUGUAUUUGGCAUCCAAAAGGUGAAAAAAGUGAGCUUGUUGAAAAUUACUCCACAGCAGCAGAAAUCAUUCUGGAAUACGCAUCGUUGUCAUCGAUGGAGUCCAAGGACAAUGCUCUGCGAAUACCAAACAUAUUUACUGCUGCUAUGACAAACGCUGCGGAUGCCAGAGGUGCUGGGGACACAAUGGAUACCAUUUCUGCUCUAAACCUUGCUCCGGUAGUCGUUCUGCGAAACCACCGGGAAGGCGUAACUGUAGCUAGUGCCAGUGAUACAGCUUAUUUGGCCGACAUUCACUUUCCACCUACACCAUCAACACCGCCAACAAGCAGUAAUAGCAGUUGCUCCACUGGUACAUUUGUGGGUUCCAUAGCCUCGAACAGUAAAUACCAUAGAAGAAAAUCGAGAUACGCCCGUCGCAUUGAAACACCGGCAUUGUCCUCUGGUGUAAGCACAGCUGUUCGAAAUAACACUCAACAAGAAUAUUCGUCUGGGAAGCAUUCAAACGAGAGUUUUCCGACUUCCCCUACAGCGUCUAAAAUGAAGUCACCUUCGGUCCCUCUUUCAGUCCCUGUAACUAUUCCAGUCGUACAUGGGGCAUCCUCAGCCAUUGCUGCUGUAACUGCACUGCAGGAGAGAGCCCUAACCGAUAUGUUUAAGGCGCGGUUUAGCGCCUUAACAGCUAGCAUCGGAAACGGAGGCUGUGUCGGAAAUGGAAUUGGUGAUGAGUGCCACGAUGGGCCUGUUGCUGACGCUCCUUUCGACUUGAGUAUUGGAACAAAGCUGAAAAAUAUAAACUUGGAUGCAAAAAACUCAUCGAAUUCGCAAGCAAACGACUGUAAAGAUAGUUCAAACGACAAGAAAAAGCCACAUAUCAAGAAACCUCUGAAUGCAUUUAUGCUCUAUAUGAAGGAAAUGCGUGCCAAAGUUGUUGCCGAAUGUACGCUCAAGGAAUCGGCUGCUAUUAAUCAAAUUCUGGGGAGACGGUGGCACGAACUGUCCCGCGAAGAACAAAGCAAAUAUUACGAAAAGGCGCGGCAAGAGCGUCAAUUGCAUAUGGAAUUGUAUCCGGGGUGGAGCGCACGGGAUAACUACGGUUACGUGUCAAAAAAGAAAAAGCGUAAAAAAGACAGAUCGACAGCGGAUUCGGGAGGUAAUAACAUGAAGAAAUGUCGCGCCCGCUUCGGACUGGACCAGCAGAACCAAUGGUGUAAACCGUGCAGGCGCAAAAAAAAAUGCAUACGCUAUAUGGAAGCAAUAAAUGGAAGCGGCGGCACAGAAGACGGCAGCGGAAUGGAAGAUCCUGGAAGCCAACUCAGUGACGAUGAUGAUGAUGACGAUGAAGAUGACCAACUAGGGAACGGAAGUUGCGGAAGCGGUGAUGAAAGCAACAAAAUGGCGGACGAGGACGCAGAGUCCCUCAACCAGUCAUUAUCCAGCCCUGGUUGCUUAAGCGGCCUGUCCAGUUUGCAGAGCCCGUCUACCACCACCAGUUUAGCUAGCCCAAUUAAUAUGAAUGUAAGUCCUGCCACGCCGGUCUUAUCAGCUGUGAGCUCCAAUGUACUUCUGGUAGGCAAUGCUGAGCAGGCAUCGAGCCACUCUAGGUCGUCGGGCUCUGUAUCUGCGCCUGGAUCCAGCAGUGGGUCUACAUGCAGCGUCAGUACUACUCCGAAUACUUCUAGUACGGCCUCCCCAGCAACAACUGGUCCGACGGGGUCAGCUGGAUCCGGAACUUUAGCUGGGAUGGCUCCCGGUCCGGCACCUACAACUGCCCAUGAGCGUGCAAUGAUGCUGGGCAAUCGUUUUAGUCAUUUGGGCAUGGGUCUAAGUCUUCCCGGGAGUCACCCCGCUGAAUCAAUAUUCCAGUCACAUUCUGUAAUUGGCACCAGUGCAAAUACCUCAUUGACAACGAAUGGAUUUAAUGGCCCUAGCCCCGUGCCCGGUUCUAAGCUGCAAGUAUCGUCAAAUUUGCAUCGAAACCCAAUUGGCGCUAAUCCUCGGGAUGUAAACAAUCCCCUUAGUAUUAAUCAACUAACCAAGCGUCGAGAUGAUCAAAAUGUUGGUUCGAUAGAUGUCUGCGAUUCACAAAUGAUGGUUGCCUCGGCGGCGGCAUCAAUUCUUCACCAUUCCGCACCGCACGCACACGCAGCUUACCAUCCGCACCAUGGGCUUUUCAGCAGCAGUUUUAGUCAGCACUUUCACCAAACAUUGAGCCACCACUUGGCAGAGACCAAUAACAUAGGUGUUGCCACACCGUUGUCCGCCGAGUCAGCUUCCUCCGCAUCUAGUGGUAAGCUUCGAAAUACAUCUGAACCGCCAACGACGCCAUCCAACCCCUCGACAACCAAUGCUUCCGAAACUGGAGCUAUUAGCGUCUCAUAGCACCGGCGAAACCGGGCUGUCUAUCUGGAUAUAAGUGUGGGCCUGGAGAAUCUAAAUCCAGCUUUUCCUCAUGAGCCAUGCCUACGAAUAAAGCCAACUCCAAACAUAAUCAACGUGCAAUAAGUAGUAUUCUCGCCAUCCCAUCGUCAUUUUUUAGAAACCUGUGGCCAUUUAUGGACAAGUGCCAAAAAGAACUUCAUUUAUCGUAUUGUACAUACAAAUUUUCUAUUAUAUCUGAGGCCAAACACACAAUUUACGUAUACACACACACACACACACACAAUUAGCGCCCACACUAUGUAAAUUGUGGCUUACCACUUACCCAUUUACCUUACCAUAGUAAGCGUUGCCAAAUAGUCCUUAAGUCCUCACAUAUACCGCUAUUGAUAUUUAUAUGUAUUCAAGACACCUCCAUCAUCGGCAGCAUAUCUGCAUAUAAUAUAGGUAUAGAUAGAUACUGUGUGUACAAUACAAUGAUUCAAAACUGUCGCGUGCAUAGUAGCUAGUGAAUGGUUCGCAAUUGCUUUUCAAUUUGCUUUUGUUCCGAUUCUCAACUUAUCCCUUCGUUAUUGGUCGUACCCUAAAAUAUAUAAAUGUAUGUUCGGACGCAACGGACUAAAGGCCUUUCUCAUCAAUUUAGAAACAGAACUGUACCAAUAGAUGAUUUUGGGCUUGUGGUCUUCCUUUAGUCCAGAAGUGCACACGAAUUAAGAUUAAUAUUAUUAUGCAAAUAUUAAUAAUACGAAAAUAACAGUGCUUGAUCAGGAAUGUGUUGGCUAUGAAAUGGCUGGUGAGACGGCCCCCUUCACGUUCCGGUUGACGUUCACGGCCGUGAACUAAACAUCUAUAAAAUAGUAUGACGAUAUUUACAUUACAUGGACUUUGAAUUGGAAUUCGAUAAGAACACGAUAAGUAAUAGAAAAAACUUUUUGGGAACAUUUACCCUAGUAAGAAUUAAGUAUUAGUCUGAGAGAAUUAAAUAAAUUUAUGUAUAUAGAAAAUUAA